UUCCAAGUUUUUCCAUCCACGGGAUAUUUCAAAUGUUGAUGUCAAUGUAGGCUAUUGAACAACAGCAAUCAUGAAAUAGGGAUUUUACAAGAGAAAACACAUUUGUCAAUAUCCUGCUUGGAUUGUAAUGGACUCAAGAAGUAAGGAGCAUCUGUCUAAAAGAAAGGAACAAAUAACGCCCAUUGGAUAGCUUUCGUUUGGAACGGAAAACAUGAACGAUACAAGUAAUUUCACUACACACACUGUGCAUGACAAGUCAGCUGCAGCCAUGGCUUUACCUGUAUUUAUGUUUGCAGUUGGUGUCAUUGGAAAUACCAUAGCAAUAGGCGCUCUAUCUGGAUCUAAGCAAGGGCGCAAGCCGUCCGCGUUCUUCGCCUUAGUUUGCGGUUUGGCUGUCACCGAUCUUCUUGGGACUUGUCUGGCCAGCCCAAUCACCAUAGCCACUUACCUCGAUAAAAAUGUACUCUAUGACCGUCAUCUUUGUGAAUUCCAUUCAUUUUUGUUGCUGUUCUUCGGAGUGGCAGGACUAAGUAUUAUAUGCGCAAUGUCUGUUGAGCGCUACCUCGCAAUAUGCUGCCCUUACACAUACCAAAGAUGGGGGAUUGGCCAACAGUUUGCGCGCAAGUGCUUGUUUUGCAUUUAUCUCAGCAACAUUCUAUUUUGUUGUCUUCCAGUGAUGGGUAUGACUGAAAGCAUGAGCCAGCCCUCCAAAACCUGGUGCUUCAUCAACUGGAUGGCUCAUGAGCCGUUGUCUGCAGCCUAUUCGUUUUUAUAUGCAAGUGUGAGUUUUCUACUCAUAUUGAUGACGAUAGUCCUCAACUUUGCAGUUUGUGGCACUCUAUUGAUAAUGCAUCGCAGGAAAAUCCAACGUCCAGUUACUAGAGGGAGCACACGGGCGCAUUGGACAGCGCUUUCCUCCGGCGUGGAAGCCCAAAUGAUGACGGUGCUCGUGGUGACCUCGAUGGUUGUUUUAGGUUGCUCAGCGCCGCUGGUGGUACGAGUAUUUGCUAACCAGAUAUCACGGGAAGAUAAUUCCCAUGCAGAUUUAAAGGCUAUACGGAUUGCCGCCGUCAACGCCAUCCUUGACCCUUGGAUCUACAUUUUGCUGAGAAGGACUCUGUUCAGUAAGAUUCGGAGAUUAUCUAAACGGGUUUACAGUGGUCGAAAAGCCAAAGAACCCAUGUUGCCAGUCAAAUCCUCACAAAGGACUUUCCACUACCAAACAAACACCCAUGACUUGCCUAGUUAAAUAAAGGUUAAAUUUAAAAAACGAAUGUGUUCACGUACCUUUGAAGCACUGUACAGCAGCACCAACAUCAAUCAACUAACAGCCAGUCUCCCAUUGCGCCCACAUCACGCAGGGGGGACAAACAUAGCUAACAAGUAGGGCUGCAGCACCCCCUGAAAAAUCAGAAUGAAAAAAUACAGUACAUUCGGAAGCAUUCAGACCUCUGACUUUUUCAACAUUUUGUUACCUUACAACUUUAUUCUAAAAUUGAUCAAAUAUAUGUUUCUCUUCAUCACUCUACACACAAUACCCCAUAAAGAUAAAGCAAAAACAAGAUAAGUAUUCAGACCCUUCACUCAAUAAUUUGUUCUGGCACAUUUGGCAGCGAUUACAGCCUCGAGUUUUCUUGUGUAUGACGCUUGGCACACCUAUAUUUGGGGAAUUUCUCCCAUUCUUCUCUGCAGAUUCUCUCAAGCUCUGUCAGGUUGGAUGGGGAGCAUCGCUGCACAGCUAUUUUCAGGUCACUCCAGAGAUGUUCUAGUCCGGGCUCUGACUGGGCCACUCAAGGACAUUCAGAGACUUGUCCCGAAGCUACUCCUGCAUUGCCUUGGCUGUGUGCUUAGGGUCGUUGUCCUAUUGGAAGGUGAACCUUCGCCACAGUCUCAGGUCCUGAGCAGGUUUUCAUCAAGGAUCUCGUUGUACUUUGCGCCGUUCAUCUUUCCCUUGAUCCUGAAUAGUCUCCCAGUCCCUGCCGCUGAAAGAUAUCCCCACAGCAUGACGCUACCACCACCAUGCUUCACCGUAGGGAUGGUGCCAGGUUUCCUCCAGAUGUGACGCUUGGCAUUCAGGCCAAAGAGUUCAAUCUUGGUUUCGUCAGACCAGAGAAAAUUGCUUUAGAUACCUUUUGGCAAACUCCAAGUGGGCUGUCGUGUGCCUUUUACUGAGGAGUGGCCACUCUACCAUAAAGGCCUGCUUGGUGGAGUGCUGCAGAGAUGGUUGUUCUUCUGGAAGGUUCUCCCAUCUCCACAGAGGAACUCUGGUUCUUGGGAUCUUGGUCACCUCCCUGACCAAGGCCAUUCUCCCCGAUUGCUCAGUUUGGCCAGGCAGCCAGCUCUAGAGUCUUGGUGGCGCCAAACUUCCUCCAUUUAAGAAUGAUGGAGGCCACUGUGUUCUUAGGGACCUUCAAUGCUGCAUAAAUGUUUUGGUACCCUUCCCCAGAUCUGUACCUUGACACAAUCCUGUCUCGGAGCUCCACAGACAAUUCCUUCAACCUCAUGGCUUGGUUUUUGCUCUGACAUGCACUGUCAACUGUGGUACAUUAUAUAGACAGGUGUGUGGCUUUCCAAAUCAUGUCAAAUGAAUAGAAUUUACCACAGGUGGACUCCAAUCAAGGAUGAUCAAUGGCAACAGGAUGCACCUGAGCUCAAUUUCAAGUCUCAUAGCAAAUGGUCUGAAUACUUAUGUAAAUGAGGUAUUCCUGUUUUAAUACAUUUGCUAACAUUUCUAAAAACCUGUUUUCACUUUGUCAUUAUGGGGUAUUGUCUGUAGAUUU